AUGUCUAGCAAAAAAAGUAAGAGAUCAGAGGAGUCCCCAGAUGAAGACGUUAUUGAACUCGACUUGGAGGGAUUUUCGCCACAAUUAGAGGAUCGUGAUGGCAUUAUACAGCUCUUGCGACAACACAUGCCGAAGGAUUCGAAUGUUUCCCUUGGAGAGCUUGCUGAUUACAUCAUAAAUCAGAGUUCCGUUGGGACGGUUGUUAAAAACACAGUUAAUGAAGCUGAUGCUGCCAAGGAUGAUGAUGAUGAGAUCAUUUUUUCUCUGACAACUGUUAUCAGUCUUAGUGUGCCAACUGUCGCACGUUCGUCUGUUGUUUCUGAAAUACGUACCUUCCUAAGCUCCUGUAUUUCUCGUGCUGAACCAUCUAGUUCGGACUCUAAAAUUUUGUUGAAAGUUUUGAUGGGUCAGGCUUCGGAGAAACCAGGUCUUCUCAUUAAUGAACGACUAGUAAAUCUCCCGCCUGCCGUUGCUGCUGAGGCUGUCGCUGUCCUACCCCAGGAGAUUCUGACGCUGCCAGAGGAGGAAAGGCCAACGCAUUUGAUCCUUAUGACAAGGGCUGUGAAAUCGAAGGAUGCAGACGAACUCAUAUACAUUCAACCCGAAAUGGAAAUAGUGAGAAAGGUGGCUUUCGCCGUGGUUGAAGCCGAGUCCAUGGAUGUUGCUGUAGAUGGAGAAUCGGAAACCAUUACAUAUGUGAUUAUGGCAAUUGAAUUCUCCAGUAUUCCCGAAAUAUUGGAUCUCCUUGCAGCUAGCCCUUGA